UUUCUACUUUUUCGGAGCUGCCGUUCUUCUAAUCGUCCAUUUCUUUCUCAUCAGACCCAGUUCCAGCAGAUUGAAUGGUAAGUAUGAGAUUAGGAAAGAACUGGAUUCGAAUGAUAUUGUGAUUAGCCAUGAUUUAGCCUUGAGAGUUCUGAGGGAACUUGAAUCGAGGCCUGAUGUUGCGGGAAGGUUUUUUCAGUGGGUCUCGGAUGCUUAUCCUCGAAAACUUUCCUCCAAAAGUUAUAACGCGAUGCUGCGUAUCCUUGGUGUUAAUGGACUUGUUGAUGAAUUCUGGAAACUGGCUGAUGCUAUGAAGAAGAUAGGGCAUGGUGUAUCCGCUAGUGUUAGGGACAGAGUGGGUGAGAAAUUUCAGAAAGAUGGUAUGGAAGGUGAUUUAGAGAGGCUUAAAGAGCUUUUUGCUUCAGGUUCUAUGGAUAAUUCGGUGGACAAGGUUUGCAAUAGAGUAUGUAAGAUUGUGAUGAAGGAAGUGUGGAGUGCAGAUGUGGAGAAACAGCUAAGGGAUUUGAAACUUGAGUUUCGAAGUGAUCUGGUGAAGAUGAUUUUGGAAAAACUUGACGUGGAUCCGAGGAAAUCUUUGUUGUUCUUUAGGUGGGUUGAUGAGUCUGGUAAUUUUAAGCAUGAUGAGAAGACGUAUAAUGCUAUGGCCAGGGUUUUAGGGAAAGAGAAGUUUCUUGAUAGGUUUCAACACAUUAUAGAAGAAAUCAGGGGUGCUGGUUACGAGAUGGAAAUGGAAACUUAUGUUAGGGUUUCGGCAAGGUUCUGUCAGACUAAGAUGAUUAGAGAAGCUGUCGAGUUGUUCGAGUUUGCAAUGGCGGGUAGCAAUACACCCACCCCGCACUGCUGCAGUUUACUGCUCAAGAAAAUUGUCACUGCAAAGAAAUUAGACAUGGAUUUGUUCCUAAGAACUGUGAAAGCUUAUACAGGAAAUGGCAACAUUGUGCCUGAUUCUAUGCUGCAGCAUGUCCUCAAGUCUUUGAGAAGCGUUGAUAGGUUCAGACAAAGUAAUGAGGUUUUGAAAGCGAUGAACGAAGGCGGAUAUCUUCCUAUCGGUGAUCUUCAGAGUGUGAUUGCAUCAGGACUUAGUCGUAAGGGAAAGAAAGAUGAAGCUAACGAACUUGUGAACUUUAUGGAAACCUCUGGAAAUCAUCUAGAUGACAAAGCAAUGGCGUCUUUAGUUGAAUGGCAUUGUGAUGCUAAAGAUCUCGAAGAAGCUUCAGAGUGUUUCAAGAAGAUGAUUGGCAAAGAGGGAGUCUCUUACGCAGGUUAUGCAUUUGAGAAGUUGGUACUUGCUUAUUGCAACAGUUUUAAGGCAAGAGAUGCAUACAAGCUUUUCACCGAGCUAGUGAAACAAAAUCAGUUGAAACCUUGGCACAGUACAUACAAAAUUAUGGUGAGGAAUCUAUUGAUGAAGAAGGUAGCAAGAGAUGGUGGGUUUGAAGAAGCUUUGAGUCUUCUACCUAUGAUGAAAAAUCAGGGAUUCCCUCCUUUUGUGGAUCCGUUCUUGGAUUACUUAUCAAAUAGUGGAACAAGCAAGGAGGCUUUCGCUUUUCUGAAGGCUGUGACGUCGAAGAAGUUUCCGUCUAAUUCAAUGGCUCUGCGUGUACUCGAAGCUAUGUUGAAGUCUGCAAGGCAUAGUGAAGCUCAGGACUUGCUGUCUAUGUGCCCCAGUUAUAUCCGUCGCAAUGCAGAAGUUCUAGAGCUUUUCAAUUCCAUGAAACCUGAUAAAUGUUCUUUAGAAAAACCUUUGCCUGCUCCUGCUCAAAUAGAAGCUUGAAUUCAUUAUAGGUUUUUGUUUGUUUGUUUAUGGACAUGGUGAUUCAAAAAGCUUGGCCAGAAAAAUUUCGGCUAUUACACAACAUCUGGCUCCAA